AUGUCAGUCUUUCGGUGUCGGACGGAGGAAGAGCGACUUCAAGCGGAGCGGGAUCAUGAAUUUAUAUGGGGUGUGAUAGACAAGGACGAGAAAGUCCUCCGUCAACUGCCACCCGGCUCAGCCGAGCCACAGACCUUCCUGCGCUUCCUCCAGCAAGGGAAUCUCAGCGAUGAAGCACUUGCAGCAUUCGAUCCCGAGGCCCUCAAGAUUAUUUUGUCGCUCCGUCGAGAGAUAAGAGAGAAGAACCGGGUUGACCUGAGCGAGUGGCAUGCCGAGUGGCUACAGGGUGAGCAGCAGCGCAACGCAUGGGUCGUACCGCCUGGCGAUGAUGCCUCCAGAUCGCUGCUCAUGCGGCCUGCAGAGAUCGACCUAAAGACUCACGACGUGGCGGCGCAGCUUGUGCCAUUGAAUUACUGGGGUGAGGAUGACGAGAUGCCGGCUGGGACCCUCGAACAAAAAGAACGCUGGGCGAAGGAAGCAAAGACCGCAAGAUAUCCGGAAAAUUUCAACGCGCCAACGGUGCCGACGUCCGCAACCGUCAAUAAAUACGUGGCAGCCCCGAACGACCUUUCACAAAGUGUGGAAAAACGGUUUCGCAAGAUGCAGGAAACCAUCGAAAAGAAUGAAAGGCCUGCGUUCGAUAACCGACAGCGCUGCCCUCGCCCAGAACUUUAG